AUGUCUAUCUCUCCCGAAGAAGAGUACGUGCAGCUCGUCGCUCGCAAGAACAUUACAGAAAAAGAGUACCUCGCCGUUUUUGACAAGCUCAAGCCCGUUGCGCCCGAGAAAUUCAUGGGAAGCUGGAAGGGUGCAAAUGUCAACUCCAACCACCCGACCGAGAAGAAACUCACCGACAUGAACUGGGCCGGCAAGGAUUUCAGAUCUACCGAAGAUGUUGAUCCAAUCAUGAUCACCAAUGAUGCGGGAGAACGCGUUUGGAACGAAUCCUGGGGCCAUGCCCGCCUCCGCCAAAUUGAAUGGCGUGGUGUUUUGUCCACUGCUAUGGUUUACGAUGAUUUCCCGAUCAUUGAUUACUUCCGCCAUGUCAAUGAUGACUUGUUGGCGGGUGCGAUGGAUGCCAAGACUGUCAAGGAGGGUACUUACUUUUUCUACUUGCACAAAUAA